AUGGACGAGUGCAAGCAGCUGCUUUUCAUGGAGAGGGUGUUGUUCAUUUUCGAUGUCACGAAGAUCAGGGCCGGAAAGGCCCAAGUGAUCAGAAUGAACUCCCAGCAAUGGCAUCAAGAAGCUGACAUAGCUUGUAUUGCAGGGCAUAUCAUGAACCUCAUGACCAACUUCAGGACCGAGGAGGACAACCUUGUUGUUUUCCCUGCUGACACCAUGGCUAUGGUGAGAAAGCGCUUCAUCGAAGGGGACUUCCAUGAUGAGCUCAAACCUUUGGUGGAAUGCCAGCACCCAGGGUUUCGUGCCAACGACACAGAUCUUUGGCGUUCGAACAUGGCCGAUGUUUGUAUGAAGAGCUCCACUCUGGACGCUGCAGACAGUGAGAUCAGCAAGCUGGAAAAGAGCAAGAAUGAUGCCCAAUUCCAAGCUGACCAGCUAGCUCUGGCUAGAGACGCAGCUCAGUGUGCCAACCUGUUUCAGAAGAGUCAGCAAUCAGAACGCUCAGCUCGUUUGGCCCGCGUGAUGCACUUGAAACAGGAGAACUCCAUUGGUUGUGGCAUCGUCAUGGAGCACAUGGAGAAGAACUGGAAGCAUGUUGGGGGUCCAUUGACCACACUUCAACCUGUGCUAGAUGAGUUCAUCAACCGCAUGAAGAAAGAUAAGUCCAGUGUGCUGGUUUGGGUGGACUUCAUGAAGUUUGGUCGCUUGAGUGUUGCCGACCUGAACCACACGACAGAGCUUCUUCAGCGGGUCCUCUCAGCUCUGCCAGAGCAAUCGUCAGAAGAGGUGGACGCUGAGAAAUUCACGUUCAAGCUAGCGACUGUGACAGUGGACAACAACAAGAAAGGAUGGAGCCGAUUCAACUUUUCCCUCAGCAACGAGGAGUUGCAAGGCUUGCUGGACACUUACGUCGUGGAAGCUCGUUUUUCAGGGCGGCGCCCAGGAACUUCCUUGUACUUGAUGGUGGCAACCCGUCGCCAAGGGGAGUCGGUGGCCAUGAUCGAAUCCCAGAAGUUCAAGCUCUUCCUUGUGGCUCACCAAGACAUAGAUAUUGAUUGCAAGGAGUUCAUGAUUGGCCAUGGGAAGUCCGCCUGGCUGAAAGCAGAGAAGGUAGCCAAGAUGGAACGCGAGUGCGCAGGAGGUUCUGAUUCCAAACCAGUGCACCCACCACAGCCCCAGUUGCCUUUGAGAGCGAAGGCUGCAAGCACCAUUGGUAGUUCCCACAAACAACUGGAUCCCGAAGCACAGAACACAUUAAAGCGUCAGUUGUCUGCUGCACUCAACAAUGUUGUGGAAGAGAAAAAGAGCCAACAGAAGCCAAGAGGUAGGAAACCCAAAGAAGACAAUGAGAAGGAAGAGCGUGAGACUGCACCACCCACGAAGAAGAAGGAAGAGACUGAGCUUGCACCCAAGCAGAAGAAGAACAAACGCAUCAAUGAGAAGGAAGAGACUGAGCUUGCGCCCAAGAAGAAGAACAAAAACAGCGAUGAGAAUGAAGAGACUGAGCUUGCACCCAAGAAGACAAAGAAGACUGUCACCAAGAAUGAACAGACAAAGACUGUCACCCAGAAGCCAAAAGAUCCCAGCCCAAAUCAAGAACAUCCUGAAGACCCUGAACACCUUGAGGUCGAGGAGCCAACCGCUGCAAAACAGAAGAAGGGCGCCGCUCAGGCCAAGAAGGCGCCAAAGGCAAAGGCAAAGGUUGCCAAGGCUAAGGUUUCAAAGGCAUCAGGUGCUAAGGCUUCCCAGACUCGCAAGCCCAGAGCGAAGAAAUCCGACAACAAGGAGGAGCCUGAAGAGGCACCGGAGUGCGAAGCUGCACCAGAGCGUGAAGAGGCCCGGCCUGGUCUGGCCAAGCAACAAACGCAACUGAUCUUUAUUUAUUUUAACCUGAUCCAGGCCAAUAUGGAGGAACAUGGAGAUCUCUCGCAGGAGACCCUUUGUUUGCCUGGUACUGGCUCGGAUGAGGAAUGCCCAGGCCUUGCUGGGGGAUCUAGUGCUGUGAAAUCUGAGAAUGGCACUCCUCCUGAUGAUGGCGAUGAUGGUCAUGAACCUAUCGGUGGCAAUCCCGCUGAGCCAGCAAAGAUCAACAAGAGUGAGACGCGCAAUGUGUCUUUGCACUCCGUGUAUUGGGCUGUGGUGCACGAGAAUCAGAAAUUUCUCAAGAAGAAGUACCCCAACAAGAGUAGGAGGGAAAUUCUCGCAAUGGCUAAGAAGGAGUGGGAGAAUCAUCCAGAGCGCCUGAAUGCAAUGAGCCAUAUGUCAAAGUCUGAGCUAAGCCGUCGGCGCUUGACCAAGAAGCAAUCCACGGCAUAA